CAGCGGCUGAUUUCCAAGGACAGCUGAGACAGCAGUACCAGCGAUGCUUUGAGUUUGGAUGCCUGGCACUGUAGCAGGGACCCAGCACACAAGCAACGAAGCUGCUCUGGACUGAGAUGGAGCUGAUGCCUCCCAGGCUCUCUCCCACCUGGCCUCCAAGCAGGCCCUCCAGCUUUUGCCUUCUAAACCCUCCGGGUUCUGUACCUGUGCAACCAUCAGCUGAGCCAGCUGAGCUCCAUUCUGCACCCGUCACUCUGCUUCCCAGAGACCCUCGUCAGCUAGCCAGAGGUCUCCCAGCCAGCUGCUUUCCUGCAUGCCCUGAGUGGCCUGUUUUCUUCUAUGACCACAGGUGUUUGCACAGAAUCGGAUGUAAGGAAGAGCUCCCCAAGCCUGAGGAACUAGGGGUGUCCCUAGAUGUCUUUGGAACCAACAAGGGGAACAAUCAAAUACAUCAAGCCGCACACCAGGGCGUGCGUGACUGAAUUGUGCAACCAUCACCAUUACGUCAUUCCAGAACCUUCUCCAUAUCCAUACUCCACCCCUGAAGACAGCCCGUUGAUCAUCAGGAUUCAUUCUCAUUCCCUUCGGAACUCACUCCUCCGCAUCAUGUUUCCAGAUCCGCCUGGCCUGGAAUUUGCCCAUCAACAAACUCCCUCAAUAUCUGGCUGACUUCCUUCACCUCCCAUGUUUUUGAAGUCCGUCUCAUCAAUCACAAACGCCAUGAGCCGCAGUCUUCCGCGGACCGCCCUUUCCAGUAUGAUUACCCCCACUUCAUAGAUGAGGAGUGGAGGCCACUCUGGAAGGAAUGUGGUCCCUUCCUCUGUGAAGGUCAGUCAUGUCUCAGCUUGUCAGCGAUUGAGUGACUCUGGAGAAGAGGAGAAAGCUGUUCCUCCAUGAGGCAGAGCAGCCAAGAAGCCCCGCACUCCAAGCAGGCCUGUUGACAGCCAUGCCCUCAGCUUUCAAACCUUCCUGGAGUUUGAAAGACAAAGACACUACAUGCUACAUCACUUAACCUAAGAGUCCUCCCCUUCUCUUAUUCAGUUGCAGAGGAGAGGCAGGGGCCUCACCGAAGCCAGCGCCUACUGGUCCAAGGGAGACCAGGACCCUCCAAAGCCAUGAGCCCCUCCCAUCCUGCUCUCCAGUCCUGGAUACAUCUUUGUCUCUGGGGUCUCCUUCUGAUGCCAGCAGUGUUGACCCAGCGAGGCUCACGCACCCAGGCUGAGGACCGCCUCUUCAAAUACCUGUUUGGAGGCUACAAUCGCUGGGCACGGCCAGUACCCAAUACCUCUGAUGUGGUCAUCGUGCGCUUUGGACUAUCCAUUGCCCAGCUUAUAGAUGUGGACGAGAAGAAUCAAAUGAUGACCACCAAUGUCUGGCUAAAGCAGGAGUGGAGCGACUACAAGCUGCGCUGGGACCCAGCUGAGUUUGGCAACGUCACCUCCCUCCGGGUCCCUUCAGAGAUGAUUUGGAUCCCAGACAUCGUCCUCUACAACAAUGCAGACGGGGAGUUUGCGGUGACGCACAUGACCAAGGCCCAACUCUUCUUCACGGGCACGGUGCACUGGGUGCCCCCCGCCAUCUACAAGAGCUCCUGCAGCAUCGACGUGACCUUCUUCCCCUUUGACCAGCAGAACUGCAAGAUGAAGUUUGGCUCCUGGACGUAUGAUAAGGCCAAGAUCGACUUGGAGCAGAUGGAGCAGACGGUGGACCUGAAGGACUACUGGGAGAGUGGCGAGUGGGCCAUUAUCAACGCCACGGGAACCUACAACAGCAAGAAGUACGACUGCUGCGCCGAGAUCUACCCUGACGUCACCUACUACUUCGUAAUCCGCCGGCUGCCCCUGUUUUACACCAUCAACCUCAUCAUCCCUUGCCUGCUCAUCUCCUGCCUCACCGUGCUGGUCUUCUACCUGCCCUCUGAGUGUGGGGAGAAGAUCACCCUGUGCAUCUCGGUGCUGCUCUCGCUCACCGUCUUCCUGCUGCUCAUCACGGAGAUCAUCCCGUCCACCUCGCUGGUCAUCCCGCUCAUCGGCGAGUACCUGCUCUUCACCAUGAUCUUCGUCACCCUCUCCAUCAUCAUCACGGUCUUUGUGCUCAAUGUACACCACCGUUCCCCCAGCACCCACAACAUGCCCCGCUGGGUGAGGGGCGCCCUGCUAGGCCGGGUGCCCCAGUGGCUGAUGAUGAACCGACCCCUGCCACCUACGGAGUUCCACGACUCUCCCGGUCUGAAGUUCAACCCUGCUUAUCACUGGCUAGAGACCAACAUGGAUGCCGAAGGAAGGGAGGAGACAGAGGAAGAGGAGGAAGAUGAAAAUAUUUGUACGUGUGCAGGCUUCCCAGACGCUUCAAUGGGUGUCCUCUAUGACCAUGGCAGCCUGCAUCUGAGGGCCCAGGAGCCCGAGGCCAAGGCUCCCUCUCAGGAUCGUGAGAUCGUGCUGUCCCCUCAGAUACAGAAAGCACUAGAAGGUGUACACUACAUUGCUGACCACCUGAGGUCUGAGGAUGCCGACUCUUCGGUAAAGGAAGAUUGGAAGUACGUGGCCAUGGUGGUAGACCGGAUAUUCCUCUGGCUGUUCAUUAUUGUCUGCUUCCUGGGGACCAUCGGGCUCUUCCUCCCUCCAUUCUUGGCUGGGAUGAUUUGAUCUCAAGUCCCUUGUGUUGGCUCCAAGAUGACUUCUGGCCUUCUCUAACUGGAGCCAUCUCUAGAAUGUUCUUUUGGGUCAAUACUAUCUUUCUGCAGAGUUUCUCUGAGGCCCCCCCCAAACUAGUCUAGACUUUACACCCUCUUUGGAACAGCGCACAAUGAUAUUGUUGUGCCAAGUGCUGAGACCACUCCACAUGACACCUGUUUAGGGAUGCUGGGGAACCCAGAAACGAUGAAGACAUUUGCUCUGCAGAGGCUGACAAUGUGGUGGUGACACAAGGAAGAAUAAGAUAUUUCUGAAAGAGCAGCAGGAGCCAUAUAUGACCAAAGGAUCAAACGAAGGGACAGAGAGGUCAGACCAGGGCAAAGGGAACUAGAACACCGCCCCAAGGGUGGGCACAUGGGGACAAAGGGAGUGCCUGGUGCAGGAGAGCUCUGAACAGCACUUUGGAUUCAGAGUGUCAGGGAGGACAAGUCGGGUGGAGAGUCUGGGAAGGCAGGUUGGGUAUCUUUAAUCCAGGCCUAGGAAGAAGUUCGGGGUCUUCUCUGAACCUGUCUCCGUGUGCUUUGUGAGGCAAAUAUCAGCAGGACAAGGCUAUUUCCAGAAGUAGUAAGGCACAAAAGUCCUCAGCCUGAAGGUCUUGACCCCUUUCGCAUAUCAGAUAUCCCACAUAGCAGGUAUUUGUAUUAUGAUUCCUAACAGUAACAAAAUUAUAGUUAUGAAGUAGCAAUAAAAUGAUUUUAUGAUGGGGGGUCACCACAACAUAAGGAGUUUACUGUAUUAAGGAUCGCAGCACUGGGAAGGUCGAGAACCACUGGUCUAGAUGUCAUGGUGGAUGCUUGCAGCAGAGGAAUGGCAUGUAGCUGGGUGGAAGUGGCUGGGCUGUGAUUCAUCUGAAAGCACCUUUGAGCCCCCAGGAUGCCCUCAGCAUCGUGUCUCACGAUUCUGUGCCACAAAGAGGUCUAGUAAUUGCUGACAGGGAUCAGGGUCACCUUCAAAUCAUCAGUGGACACACUAAGAAGGCAGUCUCCACUGGGGGUACCCCUCUUGUCACCCAAAGGCCCUGGUCUCCAAUUCCCUGCUCUGUCAGCAUGCCUUGCCUAGAAACUGAAGGUUUGCUUCAAGCUCUUUAGAUUACAUGUUCCUUUGGGGCAGAACCUCUGCUUCUGUUUUCUCUCCAGCCCAGCCCCACGCUGGGUGACAGAACUCAGCACCUGGACCAUUAGUUCUGAGUAGUGGAAACGAGCCUGGUUGCUCUGGGCCCCUAAACCACUGGAUAACAUCCAAUGUUCAGGGACGUUUCCUCCCCAAGCAACUGUUCCACAGUCCCUUCGGGUGGCUAGCCUGCUCUGAAUUGUUCUGUGCAAUUUAUUCUUGCACUUGGAAUAUUACAAGGCCCUCCACUGCAUAGGAGCCCAGGGGAUAGGGCCUCUCAGAACACUGUCCAGUCCCUGAGGAGUCAGACCCUCAGAAGCUUACAGCAAUGGCAUCCCUGAUUGCUAAUAGAUACAGAGACCAAGGCAGGAAGCAGAGUGGGGAAAGCUUCUGGUGUCUCUGUCUCAGGGUGUUCUCCUUCUGAACCCCACACACUGCGCUUUGACAGACCCAAGGGAAACCUGCUCACCAAAGGCCUCACUGGAACACCCUGCUCUCAGUUCCCAUGAGCCCCUAAUCAGUCACUAAUUCAGUUCUUGGCUCCUCCUUGCUCCAGUGAAGGCAGCCUGCGGCCUCCCCUCCACCUGUUUUAAGCCCUCGGAUGUGAUUUCCUGGCGGGAGGUGCUUGUUGCACGCUUGUCCACGUCUCCCGUCCUUGCACGCGAGUGGAAUGCUGAAAUAAAGCUGAGAUGGCUGCUCUCAAAACUGUCAUGCCUUCCUGCCACCUCAGCUGUCGCUGGCAUCAUCGAGUCCCCUCCAGAGUCUAGGUGGCUUGGGGACAGUCUCAGGGGAGAAGCGUCCCACAGAGGGAACUACACGGUGCCUUCCUGGAAAGCUUCCUUUUGGAUGAGGUGCCACGACAGCCUACGUGGAGCAAAGGGCAGGAGGCCACCACCCACUUCACAUGGGCUGUGGUUCCAGGUCAGCUUCCUCCUACAAAGAGCAGAUGCA